AUGGUUGAUCUCAUCCUAUGGUUACCAAUGACCAAUCAAGAACGUAGUCGUCUACGGGUUCUGAACUUAUUUCAGCGCCUUGGUUGGUUGCCCCAUGGCCACCCCUCUCCCUAUCCUUUACAUCCAAAUCAAGCCUCUAAUAGAACCCAUGCUAUCGACUGUUUUCAAAUGCGCAACAAACUAUGA